AUCAACGAUUCAAAUGUCGCUGAAAACCAACGCCGGUAUACAAGCCUAAUUUCGGGAACCGGAGGCGAGCAAUCUCUGCUUCUUUUCGCUGAUCCACGCUCUCAGGCUUCGUUUCCUUUGUCUAGAGACGAAGUUUAAGGUCGUCUCACUAGUUACGACGAGUUUGAACCGGUUGAGCGUCGUCAAACCGUGUCAAACAUCGUCAAACCACCUUGAAAUCGAACUCGUGAGAGGAUUGCCAGCUUCAAGGUGGAUGGAGGACGCAGAGCGCUUCGUGAAAGCUCGACUCGCAGCUCCCAGACGCAGGCCGCAUCCUUAUCACUCCAUAAAGUCCGAGCUGUAUCCGAUGUCAGGCUGGCAACAGGCUCCAUCGAGCCGGUCCGACGACAGAAGCGAUUUUAAUCAACCGUAACGAGCAAGCCUCCCGGUAAGCAGGUUUCCCUCGGUACACGGAAAGCUCAUUUUACAUCCUCCGGGACCGGCGAGCAGCGACGAAGAGCCCGACCCCGGCGAGAGAGGCCUCGGUGAAAGUCGACGUCGCUCGAGCUUUCGUCUUGGCCACCGAGCUUGCGGGACCGCCAGUCGGGUCUCGUGUCUCGCCAGCGAAGCAUCAACCCCUCAGGACCAACCCUCUCGAUCUAUUCCGGUGCACGAUCUGUUCGGCAGGAUGUGCUUGCGAACCUAUCGAUAAUGGUCCUUGAAAUAAAUAAUUAAAAUGACGUGUAUCCGUCGAACACAGUUAACCGGUUAAAAGACGAUUAAGAUCUUUCGGGGAGCGAAGAGAACUGGUGUUUUGUUCGGGAUGACGUGUCGGUUGGAACACGAUGAGAUUUGGCUCUGUUUGAGGGGAAAGUGUUGUUGAGAAGGAUUCGAUUGCCGAGAGUGAACCAUGGUGGAUAAACUGCACGAAUACGAAGGAUUCGCCGGUAGGGUCCACGAUGUUCGUGACAAGUUCAAGGAGAAAUGGGAGGUUUGGAAGGAGUGGAAGAGCGGCAUACCUUUGGAUCAGGGGGUUGAAGGUUUCUUGAACCAUUUCCGGGGCCCGCCGAAGCUCGAGAGAAGUUUGGAGGAUUAUGCGCAUAUUUAUAGGAAAAAGUCGCGAGGAGAGUUAGUACGCGUCUCCGCAGCCGUGAUGGGGAUCGAGUUCUCAUACGCAGCUGAAACAGCGUUCGUCUCGCCGACUUUGUUGAAGAUCGGUGUCGAUCAUCAGCACAUGACGCUCGUUUGGGCGCUGAGUCCUUUGAUUGGAUUCUUCGUCACCCCGAUUUUAGGUAGCUUGAGCGACAGGUGUCGGUCGAAGCACGGCAGGCGGAGACCGUUUAUCUUCUUGCUGGCAAUUGGAGUGUUGAUAGGAUUGAUACUAGUUCCGAACGGCGAGGACAUGGGCUACGCUUUCGGCGACACGCCUGCAGUUCACGCGAACUACACGGUCCCUCUUGGUCAUCGUACUACGGCGAAACAGGGGAAAGAGGAUGCUGUGAAGCCACCCUCGCACUCCUGGGGGAUCUUCUUCACGAUUCUGGGCACGGUCCUCCUCGAUUUCGACGCCGACGCCUGUCAGAGCCCAGCUAGGGCGUAUCUGCUCGACGUUACUACACCUGAGGACCACGCGAAGGGUCUGAGCACGUUCACCAUAAUGGCGGGCUUAGGAGGCUUCAUGGGAUACGGUCUGGGAGGGAUAAAUUGGGAUGCUACAGCGAUAGGAGUGAUGCUUGGUGGACAUCUACACGCGACCUUCACACUGAUCACUAUUAUUUUCAUUAUCUGCGUGUUCUGCACCAUUACCAGCUUCAAGGAGAUCCCUUUGGAGCUGCUGGAGAGAGACGACUAUGAACAGUUUAAGGAACAAAUGAUGGCCAAGGAAGAGACGCAAGACGAGCAGAAGGAGCACGAUAAGAUUACUACGGAGGAGGCUGUGUCUUAUGGAACCUUGGAUAAUGAUCAGGAACCUGCUGCGAAGAAAGAUGAAUUCGUUCUGAAGCCGCUGCCAGUACAGGAACCAGAGAAAAGGGCAGGACAGGUACCCAUAGUGCCAGACGUCAUAGCGCACGAGACCAAUUUCGGAGCUUCCGGAGCCGAGGAUGUCGCCGACGUGAAUCCCAAGGCCACUUUAAGGGAGUACCUGAUGUCUAUCGUGUAUAUGCCGCACAGUCUUCGUAUGGUGUGCUUGACGAACUUGUUCUGCUGGAUGGCCCAUGUCUGCUAUUCCCUCUACUUCACGGAUUUCGUCGGGGAAGCUGUCUAUGGCGGUAAUCCGCAGGCACCAGACGGUAGCAAAGAGCGAGAAUUAUACGAAAGCGGUGUUAGAUUCGGCUGCUGGGGGAUGUCCAUGUACUCGUUGUCCUGCUCCUGUUACUCGUUGAUCAUCGAGAGGUUGAUAGAACGCUACAAAGCUCGAAGAGUCUACGUCUGCGGCCUGCUGUUCUACAGCACUGGGAUGAUGAUGAUGGCUCUGACCAAGCAUCCCGUGGGAGUGAUCAUCUUCUCCUGGACAGCCGGAGUGAUGUACUCCACUCUGUUCACCAUGCCGUACUUAUUAGUUGCACAUUACCACGCUUCGUCGACGUUCGAGGUGACAGCCGAGGGAGAAGCCGUGCAAAGCGAGGGGGUGCGCGGCCUCGGCACCGACGUCGCGAUCGUCUCGUCGAUGGUCUUCCUGGCGCAAUUCCUGCUCUCCUGCUGCCUGGGCACGAUCGUCAGCAAAUCGGGCACCACCACCGCGGUGGUCUGCGUGGCGAGCACCCUCGCCGCCUGCGGGGCGAUUUCCGCCACGCGGAUCAUGUACCUAGAUCUUUGAAUCAAGUCCGACACGCGAGAUUCUCCGCGAAACCAUUUAGGGUAAUUCUAGGGAAGAUGGCCUUAUUUUCUUCGAAACGCAUCAUUUCAUACCUUUGAUAACUUUGUGGAUAACUAACUAAAGAAAAAAGAGAAAUUCCUGGUUCACUUGUAUCUACCCUUACUUCAGAACAUGACGAUCAAUAAUAGAAAAGCGGUAUUAAAUUUCAAUCCAGAAUAAUCGAGUGACAUUCACUUUUUGUAACUUCCGUUCGAGAACUUCUUUAGGUUUGAUCUUUGAACAAGCUUUAUUUACUUUCUUAGAAAAUCACUGAGAGAUAUUUGAAUUAAUAAUGAAGAAACAUCGAUUGUAGCAAUAUCAAUCAUUUGCACGAGGCAAUUGAAGUGGCCAUUUUUACCGUACGCCCGUUCCCCCGGAAUUACCCUACUUAUCUCUCGAUUGCGAGUGUGUCGAAAUGUUUGAUAAGCUGAUACCUCGAUCGAGGAUUCUAAGAAAGUUUGUACAGUGACUAAUCGAACGGAAUUUUGAUUGUAGGUCGCGGUGAAAUUCUUGAUCGGAGAAACGAACUUCUGGUUCGAGCGUUUAUAAGUUAAAGUUUACAUUUGCAUGAAUACCUGCAGCCUGUCGAUGUGUUAGUAGUGACUGUUAGAUGAUCCGUAUCGUUUGUCUAUUGCAUUUUUGUAUAUUUUCUAUUAGAGAAGGAUUGUGUAUGUAUCGUGUACAGGGUGUCCCACGAUUAAGCGUUAUAUAUUUGUAUAAAGUCACCGAGACGUGUAAUUCAAUGAAAUGCUUAAGGGUAUGCAGCCUUGACGGGCACCGUAUCUUGGGGCUAGUGUUCGAGACACUCUGUACAUUCGCUGGGAAUCAUCGGCCUUUCGUCGACGAGCGCUCGUUCGCUUAACAACAGUGCCAUGUUAACGAUGCACAAAUAAAUGGCUCCAUUAACUCGCUACACGCCCCUUCCCUGAUGAAUUCCUAAACUGUAUGUCGCGCAGGACACUUGUAAAUAAAUGUUUGUCUUCUAAUGAGGCAAUAAAACGUGCAGAAAUAGCGUUGGCAUCGCAAUUCAUUACUUUCGAAUGUUUAAAACAAGAAUUGCUGCUCGAUCCACAGAAAGAAAGACAGACUGAACGGAGUGUUACUUAAAAAUUCAACCAAAAUCGCGAAAUUUCCAAUAGAUAGAAAGUUGAGAUUAGGUUCAGAGAAGCUCAAUUAUCCAAACCACACAGUUCCAAAGCGAUUUCAACAUCCCUUAUCGUCAGCCUGCAGAUGUCCAAGAUGUACCUGCUGAUGUACUCAUCAUCUACGAGACCCUAUGGAAUAUAAUCACCAAUAAACCUUCCAAAGCGUUUCAAGAGAAGAAUAAGGAUCAGAAUCCAUUACCUGCACGAUUUCGUACUCUUUAUUUUUACAAUAAACAGGGUAACAGAAGAACGUUCCGGCUGAGAUGCCAUACGAAUGAUCGGA